CCCGAGGGUCCUACCCGGCGGGCAACGAGCGGAUCUUUUGUGACCGCUCUGCGCUAUUGUAGUAGAGCUGCAGAGCCCCCGGACCAGAGGAGGAGCGUCUCGAGCGCGAGGCCCUGAGCCGCUGCAGACCGCGCCAGAGCAGAGCGAGAGCCAAGGCAAAGAAAGAAACAGAGACAUCAAGUUCGCAGCAGAAAGAGAUCGCCGGACCAGCAGCACCAGCACCAGCAGCAGGAGGCCCAAGGCAGCAAGCAAAGCAAGCAAGCAAGCAUCGCACGCAGGCACGCGGCGAGGGACGAGAGAUUGCGAGGGAGAGCGAGAGAGAGCGAGAGAGGUCGAGCGACGGGACGGAGCGGAGCGGAGGCAGCGAGGGAGGGAAGGAAGGAGAGAUUUGAGAGAGAGCGAGAGCGAGACAGAAAGAGAAAGAGAAAGAGAGAGAAGGAGGGAGGGAGAGGGAGAGAUCAAGAGUUGAAAAUCGAGAUUUGAGGAGUCGGAUGCACGAACUUUGAUGGAAAAGAUGGACCAAGAUCUGGCGCGGCGAAGGUGAAAUGGCGUUGACAUGACGUGAAAUGAUGCGCGCGUGCGAGAGAGAGAGAGAGAGGGAGAGGGAGAGUGGCGGAGAGGGGAGGGCGAGAGAUGAGAUGAGAUGAGAUGAGAUGGGCGACGAGAGGCAGUGGCGAGGAAUUGGGGCGUGAGGAGGAAAGGUUGUAGUAUGGAAGGCGUCCAGGAGGAGGACGAGAGCAGUGUGGAGAGCCUGGUUGCGUGGAUUUCCCUUCUUCCUGCGCAGAGCAGGCCGACCGGCGGAAGGACUUGUCGUAGUGCUAGUGGUUGUUGUUGUUGUUUAUGUUGGUGUUAAAGAAGACACGAAAACUUCUGCCUCAUCUGCCGGGCCGAGGAGCCAAGGACUUGCCGGGAUGCCAGCUGAGGACGUCGGUUCUGGACCCUGGAAGCAGCGUGGACUCGUUCUGGUGGAAGUCGGUGGGUCUCACAUGAGCCUCGGGUGUGUCUCACCCCAACUGCCUCCUCGACUUCAAGCCUAGGUAUGAAUGGAGGCCUCAUCAGAUGACGAGUUUCAUGAAGCCAAGGACGAGAUUUCCUCGCAGUCAGGGUCGGAGAGUCCGGAUGAGGAAGGUUUUGAUUUGGGAAAGUACAGAUCCAGGCGGAAGGAAGGGCAAGAAUCUCCUCGGCAUGCCUCCUCAUGGUACAGUGAUUCUCGCUUCUCCGUAUGGCAAGACGGGCCCAAGUCCAUCCACGAACGUCGUCGAUUGCUGUAUGAACGAUUCGGAAUUCCCGAUCGUAGCAUUGACAAGCGGGCGGAGGGAGAUUCCAGCAACCCCGGCCCUACCAUUCGAGAUCGCCCGGAUGACGAACGGCAAGAGAGCUCGCAAAAUAGAAUCCCAAGAUUUCUCGGCGGCAGUAUCAGGGAGCAUCUGACCUCUGUCGGGGAAGGGUUUGGGAGGGGGGCCAACAGUGGGACGUCUGGCUCACACGGAAAUGGGUCAUCUCCCAGGGAAAAUUCGCCAAACGCGGCCCGUGGUGCACAAAUUCAAGCCAGAAGUUUCGAGGACGAGGUGCCAUCUGGAUCCGAUUCUGCAACUCCCGUGCCCGGAAUCGAGAGGCUAACUCAAACGAGUGGGGCAGUGCUGCGCGAAGGAAAGUGGGGACCCUCAAGCUCGAAACCUCCAAUAGGCAGCCGCGCUGUCGCAGGGCUUUCGAAGUUAGGUCCGGGGAGCCCCGGGGGAACUCAAAUUCAUGCGACCGACAAGCGCGGGAGUCAGGUUCAUAGCCCAAGUUCGAGCUUGAAGAAGAAGCCCGGUUCUGACAGUGCGGGCACUUUGUCUCCUGAUACUGGUGACGCUUCGAUCGAAGGAUCUGUGUUCGAUAGUGCCAAUGGACAUUCUUCGCGCAAUUCAGACGGAGGACUGGAUGACAUGAGCGGCGACAAGGACCCCGCUCUGGAUCGGUCGUCUUCUGCUGAUGAAAAUAACGAUACUGUGUACAAAAUAAAGGAUCUGGACAGUGGAAAGGAAUUUAUCAUAGAUGAAUUGGAGAGUAAACUAAGGGAGAUGGAUACAGGCAAGGAAAUAAGUCUUGAGGAGUUCGAAAGUGCAUUAGGUCUUUCUCCUGUCAUGCAAGAAUUAAGGAGGAGAGAAAGAGAAAAGGGCGGUUAUACCGACGAUGAUAUUAGCCUUGUGCAGGACACAUCCGUUGUCGGCAAAAAGAAGAAAAAGACGUUGUGGGUUAGGACUAUGAAAGGUGUUGCGAAAUCUGUCGGACUAUCAAAGACGAGGUCCAGUACAGAUGCUCUCAAGCUGCAAAACGAAGGCAGCCGAGGAGGAAGUGGUGGCGAGGAACGAGAAGGUUCGGGUUCGGUUGAGAAAAGCAGAAGGAUGUCUACAUCUCAUGACAGCGUGGAACUUCCUCGUGCCCCUAGGUCGCCACAGCGGGUCAAAGUCCAUGUGGUCAGGAAAAGCCAUAAGGAAUUUUCGGAUCUACACUUGGGGCAGGAGAUUCAUGCUCACCAAGGUGCUAUCUGGACCAUGAAAUUUAGUACAGAUGGGCGUUACCUUGCUACUGCUGGGCAUGAUCGCAUAAUCCAUAUUAGGGAGGUAAUAGAUCAUCCGUUUGACAAGGACCAAGACAGUAAGGAGCGCGUUUAUGACUCUGCUGAUAAUCGGGACGCUGCAGCAUCCGAUUCGUCUCAUGGACGGAAAGGACCUGUGAAAGCCUCUGUGAGCAAGAAGAAGGCAGCACAAGGCAGCAGCCCUACGAAGAUGCCUAAGCUCUUUUGGCUGUCUGAGAAACCGGUUUGCUCCUUCAAAGGACACACGGAAGAUGUGUUGGACUUAUCUUGGUCUCAGCAGCAGCAUCUAUUACUGUCUUCCUCUAUGGAUAAGACUGUGCGAUUGUGGCACAUAUCGGAUGGUGAAUGUUUAAGAACUUUUAUCCAUAGUGACUACGUUACAUGCAUAGAUUUCAGCCCUACGGAUGCGCGUUACUUCAUGAGUGGGUCUCUCGACGAUAAAGUGCGAAUGUGGAAUAUUCAUGACAAUCAAGUUGUAGACUGGAGUGAUGUUCGCGAAAUGGUAACGGCUGCCAGUUUCUCUGCUGAUGGCAAGAGAGCUGCUAUUGGUACCUAUAAGGGCACCUGCCGGUUCUACAACACGACUGGCCACAAGCUUCAUCUAGAUCAACAGAUAGAUGUACGGAACGCUCAAGCCAAAAAGGGUCAAGGAAAGAAAAUCACAGGCCUGCAGUUUAUGCCAGGGGAACCCAACAAGUUACUCAUAACGUCGCAUGAUUCCCGGAUUCGAGUUUAUGAUGGGAAGGAAUUGCAUUUGAAAUUCAAAGGCUUGCGGAAUGUUAACAGCCAGAUUGCAGCUUCUUUUAACAGAACGGGAGAAUACAUCAUCAGUGCUAGUGAGGAUUCCCGUGUUUAUGUCUGGAAUUCUGGAGCAAAAGAUGCUCGAAGUACUCGCAAAGACAAAUCUCAGUCUUACGAGCAUUUCGCUUCUAGUCAUGUCUCAAUUGCUAUUCCUUGGCCUGGAAUGGGACCACAGCCAGACUUGUUGGCCGGUUCUAGUGAACAUGAUACUCCUAUAGUUAGUUCACGACACUCAGGUAAUGACAGCGGUGCAUUGAGGUCAUCCUUGAGAUCUAGCCCAGGCUCUAGUACCUCUUCGUCAAGGUCAAAUGCCAGCAGUCGAAGUGGUUCAGGUUUAACUAGUGAAAGUGUUGGGGAGUGCAAAUCGGAGCAAUCAUCAACGUAUCUAGUACGGAAUGGAUCUGUGGGUAGCGAGCAUAACCAUAGGGGAGACACGGCUGACGAAGAAGUUACAUCCGGGAGAAGUGAAGCCAACAACGGGGGGUUGAUUGGACUUUUUGACAAGUCUGAUUCAAACCAAAUUAGUAAUUUUAUGGAGUCUCCGGUUGGGGACUACAAUGCCCCAAGGCAUUGUGGCAGUUCACCUGCUCUUAGCAUUUCCAAUGACAGCCCGCCCUUGGAACAGUCUAUGAGAAGUCCAAGUCCUAGCUUUUUUGCAGACAAUUUGACACCGAAAGGGUCUUCUUCCUCAGCAACAUGGCCUGAGGAAAAGCUCCCUCCCUUCAGAGACUCUUCGGGUCACCAAAGGUCACAUGGAGCAUCUUGGAGUGCAUCGUCUCCAUCUCAAGAGGUUGUCAAUACUACGGAGGUAUCACCACCGGAAGGAGAAGCCCCAACCACUAUAGCUGCAGUGGCGAGCUGGGGCCUGGUUAUUGUUACAGCUGGUACUGAGGAACUGGUGAUGCCGAAGACUGCUAUUGGUUUCGCGAUAAUUUGUACUACUGCUUGCACAUGUGCCGCUGAUAUAUUCAUCUUCUUCGUCGUCCUUCUCCUCCUGAUCAUCUUCAUCCAUCGACAUUGGAAAGGAUGAUCCCAUCCCCUCCCCUUCUAUCCCGUUUGUUUUGACGUAGCCUCUAUUUCAGCGGGAGUAUUAUGCUGCUUAGUAGACAAUCAUCAUUCAUCAGUACCGAUGAGGACAUGUCUGUACAGAUCCUGGCAACUCAUUCAGAUUGACUGAGAUUGUCAGGAUCCCAGGAGCGGGAUUGUGGCCUAUCAACCUGACUGCGGGUUUGAGUGAUAUUGCGGAUUUGGCCAGUACGUGUGUCUUGUAUCAAAGAUUCCCUUCAAAGAUUCCAACUCAGACAUGGACACGCGACGCUAUUCUUACUGCUGUACAUUGUAACGGAAUUACUGCUUUACUGCAAGAACUUGUACUGUACGGGAAUCUUCGAGGACUGAAGUACAUUAGUUGGUAGAAUGGUCAUUUCCUUCUCCCCUUAUUUUCUUAACUGUCUGCACCUUCAUAUUUUUAGCUGUACAAUUAUCCCAGUUGCUCUGACUCUCAACUCCGCAGUAGGCUUUGAAUUAAAUAUAUAAAUCUAAAUAAUAGCAUACUUACAUCACACCGAAAUAUACUGGAAUCGUCAGAGUUGAAGUUUUCAUUCUUCACGUCGCGGUGGACAGCACAUGACGUGAUAUUUACAUCAAAAUCGUUCAUAGGAUUGAAUCUGCACUUAUGCAUCUCACUAAUUGCAUCACCAACAGUUGCUCUCAUACUUCACGUUGAUAUUUACGUGAUUUUAAUACAGCGACUGACCGAUGUCAUCGGGUGAACACUUAAGGUGUGAUAAGCUUUGUCUGGGUUGGAAUAGUAUUCUGUACUUUAUUCGCUAGUUGCCACAGGAAAACCUGCCUCCGGACGCGUCUUGAUCAGUUGUAAUGUACGUUUGUAUAGAUGAUUCUCAGAUCUCUGUCUUGAAGUCGAAGUAGAAGUCGAUUGACAACCAUCAUUUGUUGUGAUCGUUUAAACGCUUCACUGGUGCGAAAAUCGAUUAUUGCCUUCUCUACCAAACUUCUGC